AUCAUGUUCGAGGAAAUAAAUAUUCUGUUGGUGGUUGAAACCUUUUUGUCUCAAAAGUAUUGAGGCCCUUUUUCAAAAGAUGGCUUUAUCUUCCCCCACCGGCUAGUGUUUCUUUAGAAUGCCCAAAAGGCAUAACUUAGUGUCCAAGCUUUUCUUUUCUCAUUCCCUUCUCUUUUGUGUCUUAUAAAAAGAGCUUUCCUUUCAUUUCUCUAUACAAUCACCACAGAACUUGUGAUCUGAGCUAAUAAAAAUUUGUGUUGAGGGAUGGUUAAGCUAACAAUUGUGGGAAGGGUGAAGGAUGGCUUGCCUCUUGCACAAGGCCAUCGGUACGUCACCGACGACCACGGCUACUUUGGGUUUUACAAGCAACAAGCCGAGCUUGUACUCGAAGAAAUCGCAAGAGGAGCCUUGAAGUCUGCCAAGAUGACCAUUCACGUCAAUCACCAUUGCUUCCACUACUUGGUGGAGGAUGGUGUGUGCUUUAUUGUGUUAUGCGAAUCUUCAUAUCCAAGAAAGCUUGCUUUCCAUUAUCUGCAAGAUUUGCACACGGAGUUUGACAAGUUUGACAAAAGAAUCCUAGACAAAAUUACCAGACCAUACAGCUUUGUGAAAUUCGAUGGUGUGAUAGGGAACAUUAGGAAGCGAUACAUCGAUACGAGGACCCAAGCCAAUCUGUCAAAGCUUAAUGCGCACCGUAAAAAGGAUGUCGACAUAGUUACAAUGCAUGUUUCAGAGAUUGCCAGAAUAAGAGCGAGAAGUCUAGGUGAAGAAAUCCUGGAAAGUAGGAUCGCGAUGAAUGCGCCCGUUUCGCCUAUUUGGGGUUCCUCGCGCAUGGAGGCGAUAGUGAUGACAUGGACGCCUAUCGCCCUCAUCGUCUCUGUUGCCACCAUUGUAAUAUGGGCAAGUGUGAACCUCACCGAGAGCUUCGUUGUUUGAAGCUUACGAAUCUCCGACGAUGCAAUCAAGUAGUUCAGCUCGUGAUGCCAGAUAAGUCAGCCGCGGGUGAUGAUUAGUAGUAAUGAUCCCAUGGAGAAGAAUGAAAGAUGAUGGGCCACUCCUUAAUUGCUGACCUUUGAGUUUGCUUGAUUCUCACUCGACACUGUGUUAUCAUAAUGGGUCACAAAUGUUAGGCCUGUGAUAUACUUAGACACAUAUGCACGUUGUAAACAGAUGUAUUCAU